AUGGUGAAAAGAACUAUUGUUGCACUUGCUGAACAAACAGGUAGAAUCUCUAAGACUAUUCCACCUUUUAAACUAGGUUAUAAAAAUAUGUUAAAGGAUCCAUCUGUAAAAUAUAGAGCAUUUCCUGCUCCAAAGAUGACUGAAAGAAAAUGGCCAAAUAAUACUAUUACAAAAGCCCCACGUUGGUUAUCAACAGAUUUAAGAGAUGGUAAUCAAUCUCUACCUGAUCCAAUGACAGUCGAACAAAAGAAAGAAUACUUUCAUAAAUUAGUAGAAAUUGGUUUUAAAGAAAUUGAAGUUGCUUUCCCUUCUGCUUCUCAGACAGAUUUUGAUUUUACACGAUAUGCUGUAGAGAAUGCUCCUGAAGAUGUAACAAUCCAAGCCCUAGUACAAUCUCGUGAACAUUUAAUUAAGAGAACUGUAGAAUCUCUACAAGGUGCAAAGAGAGCCACUAUACAUACAUAUCUUGCCACUAGUGAUAUGUUCCGUGAGAUUGUCUUUAAUAUGUCUCAGGAGGAAGCUAUCUCUAAAGCUGUGGAGGCAACAAAAUUAGUAAGGAAAUUAACUAAAGAUGAUCCAUCACAACAAGCUACACAUUGGUCUUAUGAAUUUUCUCCAGAAUGUUUUAGUGAUACGCCAACUGAAUUUGCUGUUAAGAUUUGUGAAGCUGUUAAAGCCGCAUGGGAACCAACUGUUGAGAAUCCAAUUAUCUUUAAUUUACCAGCUACUGUAGAACAAGCUACUCCUAACAUUUAUGCUGAUCAAAUUGAAUAUUUCGCUACACAUAUCUCCGAACGUGAAAAAGUUUGUAUCUCAACGCAUUGUCAUAAUGACAGAGGUAGUGCUGUAGCCGCAACAGAAUUAGGUAUCCUAGCUGGUGCCGAUCGUGUUGAAGGUUGUGUCUUUGGUAAUGGUGAACGUACAGGUAAUGUUGAUUUAGUUACAGUUGCAUUAAAUAUGUACACUCAAGGUGUAACUCCAAAUUUGGAUUUCUCCGAUAUUACUUCAAUUGUCGAAGUCUCUGAACGUUGUAAUAAGAUCCCUGUAUCCCCAAGAGCUCCAUAUGGUGGUGAUUUAGUCGUCUGUGCAUUCUCUGGUUCUCAUCAAGAUGCUAUCAAGAAAGGUUUCGCCUUACAGGAGAAAAAGAGAAAGAAUGGUGAUCAUCAAUGGAGAAUUCCAUAUUUACCAUUGGAUCCAAAGGAUAUUGGUAGAGAUUAUGAAGCCGUCAUUAGAGUUAACUCUCAAUCUGGUAAGGGUGGUGCCGCUUGGAUCAUCUUAAGAUCUCUAGGUCUAGAUGUCCCUAGAAAUAUGCAAAUCGAUUUCUCUUCAGCUGUUCAAAAUAGUGCCGAUGGUCUAGGUAGAGAAUUGAGAGCAGAAGAAAUUACAAACUUAUUCAAAGAAACGUACAACUACAACAACGAAUCUCAUAGAUACAUUACUUUACUAAAUUAUAACGUCGAAAGAAAGGAUAACGAACGUAGAGUUCUAACUGGUCAAGUUGAAAUCAAUGAUGUUGUUGUCCCAAUUAACGGUGUAGGUAAUGGUCCAGUGUCUUCCAUCGUCGAUGCUUUAUCGAACUUGGUUGGUUUCAAAUUAUCUGUCGAACAUUAUUCUGAACACGCUAUUGGUUCUGGUACCUCUACAAAGGCUGCUUCAUUCGUUCAAUUACGUUACCUACGUGAUGAGGAUAAUGGUGCUGCUUUCAAGUGGGGUGUUGGUCUAGCUGAUGAUGUUGGUGAUUCUUCUGUCCAAGCUAUUCUAGCUACUUUAAAUAAUGUAAUCGAAAGUGGUGAAAUUCCAGUUCCAAACGUUGCUAAGAAGGCUAAGGCAUCUGCUUAG